UAAAAUUUUGUAAUGUCACGUAAUUUAAAUCAAAUUAAUUACAUUGAUUUAAAUAUAUUUUUGAACACUUAAAUUUAAUGCAGUAUAAUGACACUAGAUUGCUCUUUUUAUAAGGUUCACGUAUUCUUCCAUUAUUUUAUCUUUCUAUAUUUCUUUAUAAUCAUUGAUCGAAUUAUAAACUAUUAACGGCGGUAAACGAAAUCGAAAACAUUUCAAUAUUCUACGGCUAUUAAAAAUGCCGCGUACAAAACAUGUUCAGAAACCAAAACAACAAGAAGAAUUUUUAGAAGAAAGUGAUUUAUUAAUUAAAGAUUUUGAGCGACAAGCACAUUUACGAAUUUCGAAAAUGGAAGCAGAAUCAAAAAUGGCAGUAAAAAGUAUUGAAACUUUUGUUGACGUUACUUUAUCUCGACUUCCGGCUGAGAUACGGCAAAUGACACUUAGUGAAAUACUUAAUUACAAUAAUGAAAAUGAAAAAGAAAAUUGUAAUGAAAUUUCGUCAUCCGUUGAUGACCGUUCGCUACGAGUACCUCCGAUGACAGUAAAAGGAAAAAAAACUGGAAAAAGAAUUACUAGCGCAUCCGAUGAUGGAUAUGUAACCGAAGGAAUAACAACAACACGUACAUCAAGAGCUACUAAAGUUGAAUCUGCUAUUAAUAGAAGGACACGUAGUACUUCAAGGAAUAGUAAAAUGAAGCUUAGUGAAAUAAAUCAAGAAACUAUAAAAAAAACAACAAAAGAUAAACAUAUCAAAUCUAUGAAAGUUGAUAAAUUUAAAACCCCUGCUACUUUGAAACCAGGAAAUAAAGAAUUUGAUCUUGUAACUCCAAAAAUAAAACCUAAUACACCAUUAAAUGUAUUAAGACGUCCAAGACAAGGGGAAAUGGUUCUUAGUAUGCAAGGUAGUCCUUUAUUAGUUUCUGCAAUUAUUCAAGAAGAUAUUGCUAACAUUAAUGUACCCUUGCGUGAUGGGAAUGUUAUGUCCUUAUUACCUAAUGAUGGAUUACGUAUGUCACAUAUUCCUGCAUUAGAUUCAGAAACUUUGAAACAAUUAGAAACUUUAAAAAGUCAUAUUGAGAAGGUUAUUUCAACAAAAUAAUUAUAAUUAUAAUAAUAAAAUAAAAUUUUGUAGGAUGUAUUUCACAUUUUACUAUUAUAUGCGUUGUGCCAAUGAAAUCAAUUUAGGAUCAAAAAUUUCCUGAACAUUGCCAUAAUUUUAUUACAAGUAAUACAUAAUUGAAGUUAAUUGAAUUAUAUGUUCAUUUAAUAUAUAUUUUUACAAUAUUUUAUAUCUUAUGACAAUAACAUUUUUGUAGCAUAUUAAUAUAAGAUUAUGAAAUAAGAGAAUUAACAUUUUGAAACUUUUGUACAAUAUAAUUAAGAUCAAUAUAAUUGCAUGUAUAAUUUUUGACAUAAUAAAGAUUAUAAAAUGAA